AUGCCCCCCCGCUUCAUCGCUUUCGUCGCCUCGGGUGUCGUCUCUGCGACGCAGAAUCAUACCUGCCCCCAAGAACAGGCAAUACCUCUCCUCCGAGGAUACAACGGAGGGUUUCGUAACUAUUUUUACACCACCAGCGCUGCGGAAAUGGAGAACGCUAUCACCCAGUUUGAGUACAAUUCCGAGGGUGAUGCAGCUCGCAUUUUUGGUUCCCAAGUUUCCGGAACGGUACCAUUCUAUCGCACAUACCACCCCACCGUAGUUGAUCAUUUCUACACCACAUCCGUUGACGAGCGCAACAACGCGGUCCAGAAUUUGGGAUAUAAUGACGAGGGUAUUGUUGGGUACAUCUAUCCUUCGGCGGCGUGCUGCAGCGUCCCGUUCUAUCGCUUGUACAACCCAACUGUGCACGAUCAUUUUUAUACCGCAAAUAGGAUCGAGAAAAACACCGCAACCCAGACUUCGGGGUAUGUGAACGAGGGCAUUGAAGGAUAUGUCCUUCCCGUUUGA